AUGGCUAUCAAUGGGAACUUGCACCUUGAUGGCGCUCAACCAGGAUCCAAACCGUCUUCUCCUGCAUCUCCCUCUUCAUCUUUUCAGAAUCAACAGACAGUUCCUGCGCGUUCGUUCAUCAAUUUCAGCGGUUCAGCAGUUCGAGGCCAAACUUCACCAUUCCCUGCGACACCUACCUCAGGCCAAAUGACCACACCACUCGAUCCUCCUUCUGGCGUGCCAUAUGCAGAGUUUAUAAGAACAUGGUCAGACUCUCACGUCGCUCGUUGGCUCACCGAUAUCAAAUGCGGCAACCAUGCUGCUACGUUCAAAGCUAAUGAUAUCAGAGGCGACAUUCUACUUGAACUGGAUCAGGUUACGUUGAAGGAGAUGGGGGUAUCGAGUAUCGGGGACAGGUUACGUAUCGUCAAUGCUGUGAAGAUCCUCAGACAAAAAGCUUCGACGAGAACAACUACCAAUAGCCCAAUGGUAGAGGUCAACCGUAUGUUCAUCAAUGACGCUGCCGCGCAGCAUCAACAUGGACAAGAUUCAUCCCCUCCCAACAAACGCCCGGCCGGACGAAGUGGCCGACCCGCACCCCUCGUUCUGGGCAACAAUCCCAAUCGUAACGACCUUCCUCGCCUCGUUCGCGAACAAAAUCCCCCAGACUCAGCCAGGUCGAAUACUAGCAAUGGCCCCCGCCCUUUGCCACAUCCAAAUCAUUCUAACGGCGGUAAUGGUAAUUCGAGCGUUUCGCACUCCAACGGUCCCCGUACCAAUCUACCGCCCCUCCCACCACCUCCUCGUGGCCAGCCUCCCCUCCCCCCUCCUGGCCGACAACCACCUCGAUUGGUCAACGCAUCCAACGGCGGACGUAGAACUCCAACUCAAGCUGAAGCGCCUGGAUUCACUAACCAGGCGCUUCCCGCCGCUCCUCAGUCUCAAGGGCAGAAUCAGGGCUUGCUUACUCCGUCGUCUGCAUCUAAUUGGAUGGGUUAUCACCUUCCGGCUGAUCCACGCCCUGGAAGCUCUGGCAAAUCGACACCUAGGUCUACUUCGCCCCUGCAAAAUCGUCCGAAUGUCAAUGGACGGCCGAUAGUGCAACCUGCGCACGGGCGGAAUGUCUCCCUUGGUAACAAUUCUCCAGUCAGCUCGCCCUAUAAGCUUCCCCCUAGACCUUCCACAUCAAAUAGCCAUCCAUAUGCUACUGCCUCCGCGUUGCAAGCUCCACCAUCAAGCCAGCCCUACAACCUUUCGCCCAUUGCAGAAUCGUUUGUCUCCCAACACAGCGCAGGCACCGGGACCCCUUCUCCACCCACUGGGCCUUACGCUGUUGGCCGAGGGCCUUUCAACCCCACUGCACCCUCCCACGCCAAUGCGCCAUCGUUGGAUGAUCUGCGUAGGAAGCUUGUCAAAUUCUUACUACCAGCGGAAGGGCAUUCAUGUACCAUUGAUCCUUCGACUUGUGUUGGGGGCGUGGAGUUGCUCGAAAAAGUGCUGAAGAAGUUUGGAAAGUCUCGGAGCCCUGACUCAGACAGCUCAACGGAACACGUUCAAACCGACGAAGGUGGGCUCAUUGUAGAUGGUUGGGGUGUGUUCCUUGAUUGGGGGCAGGGCGAUGGACCAGGUGAACCAUUGACGGAGGCGGAGAUAUGUGCUAUUUGCUAUGGAUCGCCCGACAGUCCUGCUCGAGAACACGGCUUAACGCUAAGGAAGGUGGUGAAUAAGAGUCGCUCUCUCGGUAUGGGCCAGACAUCGAAGGCCACGAAACGAGCUAGCUCAAUCAGCAUAUUGAGUGGUCUCGGUGUCCAUGAUCCCGAGAAGGCACUCGAUCCCUCGUCUCCUACGACUCAGCCAGAACGACGCAGCCCAGUACCACAAAAUCUGAAGAAGCUGCGGAACUUCUUCGGCCAGCGCCCUCCGAGCGAACUCAUCACGACACAUUUGACGGAGUACUUCCCCUUCACGGAGAAGAAGGUCUUGGAGCGGACUGCGAGACACAGUAUGAUGAUGAGAAACGGGACGCUUUCUUCAAAAAGGGAUAGUUCGGCUUCGUUCAUUCCACCAUUACCGUCGAGAUUUAGCGUCAGCACACAAGGUUCUCAACGACGCAUGUCUUCGUCGCCACGAGCCUCCAUCAUAUCGAAUGUAGGCCCGCAACGAGACUCCCUUUCUGCGUCCCCAAGGUCGGCCUUGGAAGACAUUCCCCGUGUAUCUCUAUCGACGGAGGAUGGCAACUCUAUGGACAUCCAACCCGAGGAUGCUAUUGAGCCGUCAUCAUCUAGAUCAGGCGCCCAGCAGCCACUCUUGCCGCCGAUACCUUUCCCUUCUGAGUCACUGUCAGAGUCAAUGGAGAGCUUGACAGGCGGCCAGCCAUCGCGGCCGGUAUCCAGAGCAAUGUCUAUAUCCUCCAGGCGUAUGAGUUACAUGACAGAGCUUCGAAGUAAGCGGGAUCGUUCGGAUACAGCCAGUAUGGUGACUGUCGACGAGAUUACCGCCGAAGUCGAGAGCCGCAGGGAGAGCAAGAUGCCCGAUACUGGUCUGGACAACGACGAUUGGCUGAAAGUCGAUCCGGUAGAGAGCGCUGACAGCGAGGCGGAGGAAACUACCGUUGUCGAGACAGAGGAGGAUACUCUCAACGAAGACGAGGAAGAGUAUGAAGAUGAGCCGGGGAAACCUGUGCGCUCGCGAGGAGCUGUGAAAUGGAUCAAAGGUGCCCUCAUCGGCGCUGGCUCGUUCGGGAAGGUUUACCUAGGGAUGGAUGCGUCAAGCGGGCUUUUGAUGGCCGUCAAGCAAGUUGAGCUGCCAACCGGGUCUGCUCCCAACCAGGAACGGAAGAAGAGCAUGCUGAGCGCCCUGGAACGCGAGAUCGAGCUCCUGAAAGAUUUGCAACAUGAGAACAUCGUGCAAUAUCUCUAUUCCUCUGUGGAUGAAGAGUUCUUGAAUAUCUUUCUUGAAUAUGUACCUGGUGGCUCCGUAUCAGCUCUUCUCCGGAACUACGGCGCGUUUGAAGAGCCUUUAGUCAAGAAUUUUGUGCGCCAAAUCCUACAAGGAUUGAACUAUUUGCACGAGAAGGAUAUCAUCCAUCGCGACAUCAAGGGGGCCAACAUUCUCGUAGACAACAAGGGAGGCAUCAAAAUAUCCGACUUCGGUAUCUCCAAGAAAGUUGAAGACAAUCUCCUCACCGGCGGCAACCGCAUUCAUCGACCUUCUCUCCAAGGCUCCGUCUUUUGGAUGGCACCCGAAGUUGUCAAGCAAACCGGUCAUACUCACAAGGCCGAUAUUUGGAGCGUCGGUUGUCUUGUGGUUGAGAUGUUGACCGGGGAGCACCCGUGGGCUCAACUGAGCCAAAUGCAAGCUAUCUUCAAGAUCGGCUCUAUGGCGAAACCUACUAUCCCAUCCGACAUCUCUGCUGAGGCUCAGGAUUUCCUCGCUCGUACGUUCGAAAUCAACCAUGAAGCACGACCGUCGGCUACGGAGUUAUUGUUGCACUCGUGGAUAGCUAAGAAACCACCCGUCACGAAAGCCGGCGCGGCGAGGUCCAAUUCCGCCGCUGACGCAUAA